AUGGAUCUGACCCAAGGGUUCGGAGAUAGAUCCGGCGGUGAGUCGGUGACGGGACUGGUGGAAUCGCUCAAUUUCAGCGACGAAAUCCGGCAAUUAGUGACGAUGCCUCCGGAGAACACCGGUUCCUUCACGGCGUUGCUCGAGAUGCCGGCGACUCAAGCUAUGGAGCUUCUUCAUUUCACAGAUACAUCGUGUUCUCAGGCGACCGGAGAUAUCGCUCCUCCCACUCUUCAUCAUCCUUUUGGGACAUUGGCUUUACCUUCUGACUCGCUUCUCAUGGACCGCGCCGGUCGUUUCUCGGUGAUUGCUUCAGAGCAAAACGGAAAUAUCUCCGGUGAUUCGAAUUCCAGCGCGAAUGUCAAGACCGAGCCUACUGAGACCGAUUCAAUGGCGGAGAAUCAUAACCGUAACAAUUGUUCUGGCAAGAGGAAGGAACGAGAGAAGAAGGUGAAAAGCUCGAUGAAGAAGAGCAAGAGCUCAGAAGAAGCAGAGAAGCUACCAUAUGUUCACGUUAGGGCUCGUCGUGGUCAAGCUACUGAUAACCAUAGCUUAGCAGAGCGAGCAAGAAGAGAGAAGAUAAACGCACGAAUGAAGUUGCUACAGGAACUGGUCCCAGGCUGUGAUAAGAUUCAGGGCACUGCAUUGGUGUUGGAUGAAAUUAUUAACCAUGUACAGUCUUUACAGCGUCAAGUGGAGAUGCUAUCUAUGAGACUUGCUGCAGUAAACCCCAGAAUCGACUUCAAUCUCGACAGUAUACUGGCUUCAGAAGUAAGUUUCAUGUGA